AUGCCCGCCGAACGGUGGCCUUUACUCUGUAGUGCCGUCAGCAGCAGUACGAGUGGCAGCACGAGCACGAUAAGCGCAGCGCACCUCGAGAUCGCCGCGGCGCGGCCGCCAUUCGAUGCCAAUUUGCAGCGGAUACUGGACACCUCGUCACUCGACGAAUUCUGCAGCGCGGGGGAACCAAAUCCUGUCCGCGGAAGUUUUCCCCCCUUUUACCCCGCACAGCGCCGCCUACCCGCGCGCUCGCUGCGCGGAGACCCGCCUGGCGGGUCCGCGGGGCCCCUCCCCAUUGCACCGGCUCCGAAUGUGUGGGGCGCCGCGAGCGCGCAUCGCCUUCCCACUGCGGGCUUUCUUCCCGUCGUUCCCGAGGCCCUGACGGCCGUUACGGGCGGCUCGAGCCCCGUGCACGGCCUCGUGUCGUUGCCGGAGCGCCUUCACGGCCUCUUCACCUCCACUGACUUUCUGCCUUCCGCCCAGUUACCCCACAGCGCGCAUGACGCCGCCUCCCGUGCUGCCGCUCACCGACCCUUACCCGCGUCGUUGAUGCUGCCGCCACCGGAGCCACGAGCCGCCGGGACCGCCGGCAAGUCAGCUGCAGCCUCGGCGACAGCGCGUUGGGAGAGCGACUCGGCAGCCACGCUAGCAGCGCCGCUGACGACGUCGACGAGCGCGGCGCUGGAGGCGGGGUUUGCGACAUUUGCGGGCUCUGAUCGUCACGUCGACGACGGCACCUCGAGGUGGCGGAGGCGACUGGAGCUGCGCUGCGAGCCCGUCGCCGCCGGCGGCGGCGGUGCACCGCACGCUGCGGAGGCAGGCGCAACGUGGGCCUUCCCCUCGGCGGAACAGCUGGUAGCAGCAGCGGAUGAGGCGGCGGGUGGGGGAGCGGGAGUAGCAGCAAAUGAAUCGAAGGGUAUCCCUGUGACAGUGACGGAGGGCCUGCCGCGGGCGCUGGAGCUCGCAAGGCGGGGAAUGGAUAACGCGGAAGGGGACGGGGGUUUAGAGGGCGUGGGCGGAGGCGGGGGCAUGGAGGGCGUGGUUGAGACCUGGGGCACGUGGGACACGGCGUGGGGCGCGAUGGGGAUGGACGCGGGGUUGAGAAGCGCUGGCACCGGCUUGGGCGCGGCGGAUAUGAGCGCAGACAUGGGCAUGGGCGCGGGCGCGGGCGCGGACAUGGUUAUGGGCACGGGGAUGGGGAUGGACAUAGAGGCGGCGGUGGAAAUGGAGUUGCGAUGCGCCGAGGAGCUACUAAGACGCACCGCCAUGGUAGCCGAAGCCGAGGCGCCGGCCAUCGCGCCCGAGGGAGAGGCUGACGCGCCCGCCAUGGCUCCGCGCGAGGCCGAGGUAACGGCCAUGGCGGGAGAGGUCGAGGCGCGAACGGAUAGCACGCAGGAUAGCGGCAUGGCAGACCCGCCGUCGCACCCUCUCGCCCUCGCUGCAGCGCAAGCACCGCCCGUGUCUGGCGGUGACGCACCCUCUCCUGGUGCUGCCCCAGAAAUCGCGCGCUUAUCCCGCCGCAACACGUGGUCCGCAGCGCCGUUCCCGUCGUCGGCGGACGCGGCGCUGAUGCAGGCGAUGGAGCUGGAUCGCCUGGAGCACGACGCCGCCAUGGCGCGCCUCACCGCCAUGGCCGCAUCUCACAGCGCCAAUCCCGCUCUGCCUCCCGCCCCGCCGCUUGCUCCCACCCUCCUUUCCCCAACCGCCCCCAGUACCCGCCUUUCCGCGGCACCCACUUCCGCUGUGCGCGCUGCUGACGCCAUUAUGACAGCUGCGCCCGCCGCCGCCAUGCCCGCCGCCAUGGCCGACGGCGCUAUGGAUGCUCCGUUCCUGCCCGCCCUCGACUUCCCCUCGCGCGCCAAGUCGCUCCACCCGCCCGUGCUGCCCGCAGAUAGCGCUCCCCCCGCCAGCCCAGCAGCCGUCUCAUUGGCUGAGGCCUUCCGCAUGGAGGCGCUCCGAGCAGGCUGGGGGGAGAAAGACGGGGAGGGGGAGGGGGAGAUGCGGGAUGGAGAGAUGCAGGAGAGUGGCGGGCAGGGCGUCGGGACAUGGCAGGGUGGUGAAGGAGGAGAGCCAGCAGGGGGAGAAAGCACGGCAUGUGGGGCCUCCAGCUGUCACACGAGCAAGCAGGGGGGCGCGUGUGAAGGGGACGGGGAAGCAGUGGACACGGAAUUGCCCGGAAGCUUGGAGGGCCAAGCGGACGGGGAUGGCGGGGCGGAAGAGCGGGGGAGGGAGGCGGUGAUGGAGGGACCCAGCAGCAGCGGAGCAGCGGCGCUGUGGAACCCAGCGAGGGCGGCUGGGGGGAACACUGCCAGUGGCGGGGGCGGAAAGCCAGCCCUGGUGACAGCAGCAGCAGGAGCAGCGUGUGCAGGGCGCGGUGGAGGAGCGAUCUUUGACCCCUGGGCGCCCACCCGCACCACCACACUCACUGUCGCCCACCUGCCAGGCAUUGCCUCAGCUGUGCAGGAGCUGCUGGCGCGGCGGUUUGCAAUGAAUCAAGAGCGCUCCGCCCCGCCUGCUGUUGCGCCCGAGGUGCAGCAGCUGUUUGCGCGCCGCCACACCAUGUCCGGCACCCCCUCAGUGCGUGACUUGAGCUUGCAGCCCAGCCUGCCCCGCCCCUUGCACCCGCUCCCCUUCACCCUCCCCACCAUCCACUCUCUUGAAGACCCUCUCCCACUCGUCCCUCGCUCCCUCGCCUCCUUAACCACGACUGCACCUGCAGCCGCUGCAGCAGCUGCUGCUGCUGCGCCGUCUGCUCGCACUCUCUUUCCCUCGGUGCACCCCUUCAGCAGCACCACCCUGGGAGGGCACCACGUGCCUUCCCUGCCCACCACUGUGCCAGCGCCCUUCCCAUCGCCUGCCACCUCAUCACCUGCCAUCCCGUUCCGCUUCCUCACGCCUCCCCUGACGCCCUCGUCACCUCCCCUCACCGUCACACCCAGAGGAGCCAUCAGCGCCGCGCGAUCUGCACGAGAAAUAUCACCGUCUCGUCGCCUUUUGUUCGAAAUGCCUGGCAAUGCGGCCGCGGAGGAACUGGAGCAUGGUCGCGGGGAACCUUCCCCGCACAAGCGGAAGCGGGGAGGUGCGAAGGAGGUGGAUGUUGACUGCAGCGGACUGGCGAGUAUAGACUCAGGGAAUGCCGAGGGCGAGAGCGUUGCGAGCUUUUUUGUUAGUAGCGCCAGGCAGAUCUGGUAUCCGACACAGUGCGCGACGAAACGGAUGCGAGGCGCGGCGGAAUCACGCACGAUGAUGGCGGAGGGCGGGGCAGAGGGAGGGGCGCAGAGGGGGCAAGGGGACGCGGGGAAAGAAGGGCAUGGAUGCGAGGCGCAAGGAAAGGAGGCAGAGGCAGCGACGGAAAGGCAGGCGAGGGGGGGAUUGGCGGAGAGCGAGGAAAGUGCGCGAGGGGAUGGUGGCGCGCGGGAUGGCUGUGGCGCGCGUGAUACAUUCGGGGGAGGCGGAGAAAUCAAGAGGGCGAGGGAGGAGGUGAAGCAAGAGAUGGUGGAGGAGGCGAUGCAACGCGGCGGGCCCCACCGCACCUCCGUGACUCUCCGCCCGUCCAUGCCUCUCCGCCCGUCCAUGCGUCUCCGCCCGUCCAUGCCUCUCCGCCCGUCCAUGCCUCUCCGCCCGUCCAGGUCUCCCCGCCCGUCCAUGUCUCCCCGCCCGUCCAUGUCUCCCCGCCCGUCCAUGUCUCCCCGCCCGUCCAUGGCAGCGUGCGCAGGUCCGUCACAGCUGGUCUCUGCAAGCAGCGGUGAGAGGCGUGAGGAAGCGAGGUGCAGAGGAGCAGAGGAGGCAGGGGCGGGGAGCGAGCAGGGCGGUGACAUGGGGCGAGGGGAUGAGGGGCUGGGAAGCGCGCGACCAGGGUCACCUGGGGAUGGCAGCCAUGGCAUGGCACAGGGGCAGAGGCGAGGAGGGAGCGAGGCAAGGGGCAGUGGCGAGUGCGAGGGAGGGAAAGCUCGAGGGUGGUUGGCACAAAUGCUGCAGGGAGGGGAGAAUGAGGGUGGGCAUGAGGGGGAGAAGGUGAUAUGGGGGGAGCAAACGUCAGGAGAGCAGGUAUCAGGUGCGAAGGCAUGUGAGGAAAUGCUGCAGCGAGGCAGUGAGAGAUGGGAGGAGGGCAGGCAGGAGAUGAGGCAGGGGAGCAGCGCCAGUGGUGGUGGUGGGGGAUGGGGAGCAGAUGGGGUAAUGAGCACUCCGCCUCCUCACAACCACAUGCCGUGCUCACCUGACGGCCCUGUGCCGUGCCCACCUGGGAAUCCCAUGGCAUGCCCUGCUCACGACCCUGUGCCAAGCGCAGAAGUGACAGUACCGUGCACUGACAAGGCCUCAACACUGCCCAUGGCACCUGAGAGCCGACCUGAGAGCCGCCGUGAGAGCUGCCCUGAGCAUUUCUCUGAGCGUCGCUCUGAAGAUGGCUCUGCUGUGCCUCGGGAACAGCAGGCUGAACGUGGCAGCAAUACCCCUGGCUGCCCCCAACUGGGACUGGUUGCAGAGGCAGAGAGACCAGGCAGUGACCCGUCUCCCUUUCAUGCUGCCACUGCUCAUGCGAAUCAUGCAGGUGCUGCUGCUGAUGCAGACCCGCCCGCGCCGUACCCCACCAGCACUCCACCGCCCCGUCAGCAGGAGGGUCCACGUCAGCAACAGCCUAGUUGCGACGCAUCAGCACAAGCAGAUCCAGGCAAUGCCACGGUCACAACAGAGGAAGCAAGGGAUGAAGAGGUUGCUGCUGUUCCAUACCAUGUGCUUGCCGCUCGUGUGUUUGCGGAGUUGCGGGGCUUGUUGCUCGAUACCCACGUGGCUCAUGAGGACUUGGAAGCAGUUGUGAAUGAGGCGGUGAUGACGUGGCAUCCUGACGUGCAGGCAAUGGCGCAAGAGAACGCGUGGGAUGCGGCGAAGGGGACAGUUGCAAGGGUGGAAGGGAAGAUUGGCACUUCAAUUUUGGCUUUGCGGAAGAAGCUAAAGGCUCUUAAAGCCGUGUUGAUCGCCAUGGAGGAGGAGGCGAUAGAGCGAGCCGUGCUGGCGUACCUGCGUCGCAAGGGCUACAAGAAUGCUGAGCUGGCGUUUAAAGACGACUCUAAGACGCAAUCGCUCGAUGCGCUCGUUACGGUUGGCGGGAAGGCGGCAGCUGCUGAGCUGGACAAGAAUUUAGCCAAUCAGAUAAUGCUCUACAGCAGGUCUGAGAAAGCGCCAGCAUGCUAUGUGGAUGGCUACCGGAAGCUUCGUGCGUGGGUGCAUUCCUCCCUAGACCUCUACAAGAACGAGCUACUGCGAGUGCUCUAUCCGGUGUUCGUGCACGCCUUCCUCGAGCUCGUCGCGCAGGACCACCCCGACGCGGCGCGCGCGCUCAUGGAGGCGCACGGCGCGGACCACGCGCGCCUGCACGCCAGUGACCUCGCGCAGCUCGCGGGCAUCACCGCCGCGCAGCACGCGCAGGAGAGCCCCCUCGCGCGCGCCUUCCGCGAGAACAAAGCCGUCAUCCGCAUGUGCCAGUACUCAUUCGACCUGCUGUUGCAGUUCCUGCACGCAGCGGACCUCAUGGCCAUCCUCGCGCUUGUCAACUGCCACAUCCACAUCAUUGUGCAUGCGGGGCGGCCAGCAGCGCAGGAGGAGGAGGAGGACGAGGCGACGGGCAUGGUAUCAAGCGCAGGAGCGGACGGAGGGGGCGCGGGGGGCGGCAUGCUGGCGGGGGUGGUGACAGGGGCGACACACGAGGCGAUGAAGCGCAUGGGGCAGCGCGAGGUGCUGUGGGGCGCGCUGGAGGAUGGUGUGGAGCACCGGUUGGAGCAGGAGAGGGAGCGGGAGGGUGAGAAGGAGGAGGGCGACGAGGGCGAAGGGGACGACGGCAAGAAGCGGGCAGUAGAUGGCAAGGCAGCAGCAGGGGCGCCGGGCAAGAAGGGCAAGAAGGACAAGGCGGGGGAGAAGGACGCGCUCAAAGGGGGCGCGGGGGGUGGAGCAGGAGGGGCAGCGGGGGCAGGGGGGGGUGCUGGAGGAAAGGGGGGGAAGGCGGGCGAGGGCAAGGGGGGCGGCGGGGCUGCUGCAAUGACUGGCACACGCGUGGCGUCGCACCUGCCUCUCCCUAAAAUGUGCGCUCUCCCUCCCUCUGCUCUGCCCCCCGCUGAUCUCCCUUCUGCUGCUCUGCCUGCUGUCAUCUAUCCUUGCCUGGCCACGUCCCGCUGCUGCCUUCCUGUGGUUCAAGCUGAUUCAUGGCACAGCAGCAGGAGGGAGGAGGCGGAGAAGCAGGUGUUUGACGACUUGAGGCGGCGAGUGGCACUGGGAGCGCAGGCGCUGCCGUCUGUGUGCUGCUACACGCUGCUGCAUGCACACUCCAGCAUGACUUCAGUGUCCGUUGCUCCUGACGGUGCGUUGCUGGCUGCAGGCUUCAAUGACUCGUCAGUCAAGGUGUGGGACAUGCGAUCCAUUGGCUCCUCCCCCUUGCCACAAGACGCCCUAUCGCUCGACACCUCAGCAGCAGCCGAAGCCCCAGCCAUACAAAAUACCCCACGUGGACACCCCACAACCACCACCACCACCUCCACCCCCACCACCCCCAGCACCACCAGCAAACGUUACAUAGCCCUGAGGGGCCACAGCGGCGCCGUGCACGCUACCUCCUUCAGCCCCUCAGACGACCGCUUCCUGCUCUCCGCCUCUUCUGACGCCUCGGUGCGCCUGUGGCACCUGGGGCUGGGGGCGUGCCUGGUGGCGUACCGCGCGCACUGCUACCCCGUGUGGGACGUGCAGCACUCGCCUGUGGGGCACUACUUUGCCACGGCGUCGUAUGACCGCACGGCGCGCGUGUGGAGCAUGGAGCGAUCCUACCCGCUGCGCAUCAUGGCGGGCCACCUCUCCGACGUGCAUGCGGUGCGGUGGCACGCCAACUGCAACUACAUCGCCACGUGCUCCAGCGACAAAACGCUGCGCCUGUGGGACGUGCAGACCGGCGAGUGCUGCCGAGUCUUUGCCGCCCACCGCUCGCCCGUGUACGCACUCGCCACGUCCCCGGACGGCCGCUUUCUAGCCUCGGGGGAUGAGGGAGGUGCCGUGCUGCUGUGGGACCUGGGCACAGGCCGCUGCAUCGCCCCCCUGCUGGGCCACACCGGCUGUGUGUGGACGCUCGCUUUCAGUGGCGAGUCAGCAGUGCUGGCAUCGGGGGCAGCGGACGACACAGUGAGGCUGUGGGAUGUUGCUGCUGCCAGCAAGCUCGCUCCCAACGAGGCCAAAACAUCGGUGGGGCGGAGGUUGCGCCUUCUCAAGACCUUCCCCACCAAGUCAACACCCAUCUCCGCCCUGCAGUUCACGCGGCGCAACCUGCUUGUGGCAGCUGGGGCUUUCAAACACUCUGACCCCACACCUUGA